AUGGCAGACUAUACUACUAUUCUACCAUCAGAACAGAAAUAUAAGAUAUUUGGUAUGAGAGAGAGUUGCGCUGCAACUUAUGGAGAUCAAAAUAAAAAUGAAAACAUAGUGCAAAGAGUGGGGGAAACAGUAGGUUUAUGGACAAGAGCUGAGAAUUACGCCCGGAAAAUUGUAGAAGCGUACUGCCAUGCGAGCACAGAAACAGUGACUGACUCAACACAUUACUAUGAACCGUGCUACUUUUUUUAUUUUUGGUUGGGAGAUUUAUUAAAGGACAAAUUUAAAAGGACAAAUCUUGAUCUUAAUAGUGUCAUGGGUCCGGCGUAUAUACAAUUGGGAAAAUUCCAAUUUAAAAAUGCACAGAAUAAAAGGAAGUGUGAGAAUUUAUACGAAGACAUUGGCAAAAAUGUUUUCGACCAACGGAAAAUAAUAUUUGAUUACGCUUAUAAUCAUAGGACUUUACACAAUGAUAGCAGGGAGGAGAAGGAAUUCUUAUGUAGCACAGCAUGUGCCCAAUAUGUAAAAUCAGCUGGAGAUGCAUACUCAAGUGCAAUUGGAGCAUGUGGGAGUGAUGCGUCGGGGGAUAAAUUCUGUCAGGAACUGAAGACUGAAUAUAGUAAAUAUUUUGAUAAUAACCAUAAACCAAAAUGGAAAUGUACUCCUGUGACUGAAGAAGAAUCGGAAAACGAGGAAGAAGAAGACGACGAUGAUGACGACAACCCCCUAUUGAACAUAGCAGUACUAGAAGAAAGUAAAUUGAGUCAAUUACCUUCCAGAACCACAUACUAUACUAAGUUUGAUCAAGGUAGGAGCAUUUGUGAGGAGGGGGGGGACUGGACAUGGGUCAAUCAACUGAAGGUUGCAUUGGCGGAAGAUUCAGAUAUUGGGGAGAACGCAGAAAAAAUUGCAAAGGGCCUCUGCUAUGUACAGAAAAUGGGAGACCCCCCAUCGGAGAAUAAUAAGUACUGCGAUUUUUACUACUUCUGGGUGGGGAGCAUAUUAAGGAGCAAAUUUAAGGAUAAUUCAUUCUUCAAGAAGAUUAUGAAUAAAAUUAAGGAAGACGUUGAGGCGAAAGGUGGAACUGAUCAUAAGUGUUACUUCAAAUUUCCAAUGAAACGGAAAUCAUAUUUCUAUAACAGUAAACUUUUAUUAGAUUAUUACAAAGACAAAGAUGAUAUGAAGUCGCACUUAGAGAAAAACGGUGAUGGGGUUGUCGCAAAGUGUAGUGAUCCAUAUUAUAAGUACUUCCUUCAUGCACAUAAAGCAUAUAAUUAUAUGAAGUCUAAGUGUGGAAAUGGUGAUAAGCAGAGUAUUAAUAAUGAGUGGUGUGCAAAAUUUAAAGAAAUAUAUGGAGAUUGUAGUAAUGGAGGUGAGGAUGAUGGAAAAUCUCAUUGUGAGGUGGCAGUUGAUUCUUUAAAAUCCUGCAUUGAAGACUCCAAACCUGAAACAAUGGACACUACAUCUUCCUCUACUGCCAACAACACCGGUUCUGUCACAACUGGUGUUGUAGCUGGUAGUACAUUGGCAACAGUUGGAUUACCAGCAAUAGGUUUCUUUUUAUACAAAUAUACUGAUGUAUUUGAUGGAAUAAAAAAAUCCAUUUUCGGUGGACUCAAUAAUACAGGAGGAAGGAACAGGAAUAGGGGAAGAAGUUCUACUAUUCGACACACUGAUCAUCAUUUUGACGGCUUUGAUUCUUCUACAAUAGGGGACGAUGGUUCCACCACCCUAGGUGGUGGUGGUGGUGGAUCAUCCACCUUAGGUGGUAGCUCCACCGAUGUUUCUACCAUCUAUAAUGAACCACCUCGUCGACCAAUCGGAAGAGGGGAAAGGGCAGGAACAAAUAAUAGAAGACCAGGAAAUAUACGUUAUUAUGCCACGUAA